GGCAAGGUACAAGAGGGCACAUCCACCUCUCUUUCUUUCCUACUCACCCCAAUCUUACCUUCAUUACUCCUCGAUUAUCAAGCUGCUUUAGAUCGAUCUCUUGAUUGACCCACUAUGGCAGACAUUAAGAAUUGGUCCUCUCUUGGUCAACUUGACGAAGAAUGGAACGAAACCGUCAAAGCUGCGGGCGGUAGCCCAGAUUUGGGCGCCUUUCCCAAUAUACAGGCGAUGCGAGACUUCCUCGAGAACGCAAAGAAAGCUAUGGCUCAAGCCAUGGCUCCACCCGUUUUCACUGAUGUGAAAGAACAAGACCACCAAGUCAAGAUGCGGGACGGACACGAGAUCACCGUGAGAACAUAUCAUCCUCAAAACGUGCCAGCGCCAGGGCCUUUGGGCGUGAUGUAUCAUGGCGGUGGGUGGUGCAUUGGUGAUUUGACAGGCGAGGACCUGUUGUGCAAGCUCAUGGCGAGCAAAUUGGGCAUGACGGUGGUGAACAUCGAUUACAGGCUUGGGCCAGAGUGGAAGUUUCCCACUGCGCACAAUGAUUGCUGGGAUGCUACCAAAUGGGCUGCAGCAAACGCAACGGCAUUAGGAGCGGAUCCUUCCAAAGGCUUCACAAUCGGCGGCACAUCCGCUGGCGGCAACAUUACAGCCACGAUGUCUCAUCUCGCCCGCGACGAGAAUCUCUCGCCGCCCGUUACAGGCUGCCACCUCAUGAUCCCAGCCGUCUGUGACAACUCUGCCUACCCGGAACAAUUCAAGAAAGACCUUUUGUCUCGAGACCAGUUACGCAAUGCCCCAAUUCUCAGCCACGGAGCGAUGGAACUUUUCCUCAACAACUAUAUCGAGCCCAAAGACCGAAGUGAUCCUCUCUUCAGCCCUUUGGUCUGGAAGACAGGCCACAAGGGCCUUCCACCGCAGUACUUCCAGAUCUGUGGCGCAGAUCCUCUGCGUGAUGAGGCACUGGUUUACGAGAGGCUUUUGAGGGAAGAUGAGGGCACGGAGACUAAGGUCGAUAUGUAUCCUGGACAGCCGCACGGAUAUUGGAGCAUUUUCCCAACAAUGAAAGCCAGCAAAAGGUUUGUUGAAGAUUCUGUCAAAGGCGUGCAGUGGUUAUUGGAGCAGAAGAAUUGAGUUACAGGAAUUACCAGCUUGAGACUCGAAUUAGAUGUAGGUGCUGCAGUGUAUAGAAGUUCGU